UGAAAACUUAAACAAAGAUAAUUCCAUUAUAGUUCCGGUCUUCCAUGCUGGUGUUUUAUCAAAAUGUUUUGAAAUGAUUUCAUUUCGGGCAGCUUUAAUUAAAACUUCUCACAGGAAAUCCCCUGUUUUGGUUGACCGAGGUGCCAAAAAUUGGAGAACAAACAACGUUAACCAUAAAUACGCUUCACAAUUUAAAUUUUGCAUCAGUUGUUUUUCGGAGCCAGUUCUGGUGACAUUGGAUACAUUCUUGAAGGAGAGAAAUCUUUGUGUGAAACGGAAGAAGCUAUGUGGAAGGUAUUUUCUGUAAUUUGCGCGUUGCUCGCCGUGGCGCUGGCCAGCCCUAUUCCCCAGUUCGUGGUCGUUGGUAACGGAGAUUUGGACAGUGCUGAGUCUGCCCACGGAGGUUACGGUGGCUAUGGAGGUUAUGGCGGCGGUUACGGCGGCUAUGGUGGAGGAUACGGUGGUUAUGGAGGGUUCCCGCUAGGUGGCGGAAUCGGAAUUGGAAUCGGAGUGCCUGUUUUAGGCGUUGGUUACGGAGGUGGAUACGGAGGGUAUGGCGGCUAUGGAGGCUACCAUCAUCAUCAUGGAUAAAUAUUUUGAUGAAUUGAUAGUUAAUAGAUCUAAAACUAGAAUUUAAUAAAUGUAUCUUAUUUAUUUAAAUAAA